AUGGGAACCUGCUCGAGUAAAUCAUCGGCGGUGGCUUUCACCAAGCCGCACGAAGGUGUAUUGGAAAUCGAAUAUUCACAACCGUUGAAGGGAUCUCACGGUUCGGAUGGAAGUGGAGACAACAAGACGGCUGCCACACAACCGAGUACUCCAGUAGGGAGGAGUCCGAAGAAAGACAAGGUGUCCAUGCGGGGAUAUUCAUCAGGGGGAUCAUCUGAAUGUUCGGACGGCGAUAUCAACGUUUCGUGUCAUGGGCACCUAAUGGAUUGGAAACAAGAGCUCCAAUCGAAUUCAGGACCAGGCCGUGCUCGUAUUGAGACGGAUUAUGGAAGACCCAUUGAAGAAGUCUAUGGUGGAGUCCACAAUGGAGAGGUUCUCGGGACUGGGAUCUCUGGUGUGGUACGAAAGGUCAAACAUAGAACGACUGGAGUCGAAUAUGCUGUGAAGUGCCUAGACUUGGGUCUCAUUCGAGAGGAGCGAGCCCUCAAGGCUCUCAAGGAUGAAAUUUUCAUCAUGUGUCAGCUGGAUCACCCCAGUAUUGUGCGGUUGGAAGAAGUUUAUGAAAGUGACACGGAAAUGUAUUUGAUUCAAGAGCUAUGCACGGGCGGUGACAUGUUUGACAGAUUGGAUGCACAAGAAGAUUAUCACUAUACAGAAGCCGAGUGUGCUCGUCUCGUCAAACAGAUGCUCUCGAGUGUGCGAUACUUGCAUUCCAAGAAGAUUAUUCAUCGUGAUUUGAAGCUUGAGAAUUUCUUGUUCUCGUCUCCAGAAGCUAAUUCGCCGUUGAAAAUGAUUGAUUUUGGAUUGAGUAAACAUUUUACUCAUCUCGGAGAACUUCAACAUGAAUGCGUCGGCACACCAUACACGGUCGCUCCAGAAGUGAUCCGGGCGGAGUAUGAUGAAAAGAUUGAUUGUUGGGCUUUGGGAGUUAUUGUCUACCUGCUUUUGAGUGGAGAGACACCAUUUGGCGGUGUCGACGGCGAAGACUUGCAGACCGUAAGGACGAACAUCUUGAGUGGACAUGUUGUUUUCGAGCCGGCAGAAAUUUGGGACCAUGUGAGCAACGAGGGCAAGGCAUUCGUGAAGAGGCUUUUGAACCCCAAUUCAAAGGUUCGCCCAACUGCAAAGGAAGCCCAAUUAGAUCCAUGGCUACAAAAGUUUGGAAAGAAAGGAAGUGGCGAGGGAUCGAAACUCAGUCCCAAGGUCAUCUCGGCGCUUGUGGAAUUCCGAGAAUAUUCUGCCAUUCGAAAAGCACUUUGUGAAGUUCUUAGUUUCACUCUGCUUCCAGAACAAAUUUCUGAAAUGCGAGAAGAAUUUGAGAAGAUUGACGAUGACGGCGAUGGGGAAAUUUCGCUGCUCGAAUUCAAGCAAGUUUUAACCAAGAAAGCAGGUAGUACCGCUUUGGGACCACUGACCGAAGACCAGCUCGAUGAUCUUUUCAACGAAUUGAGGUCGAAGAAGUCUGACGAAUCCAUUCGCUUUCAUGAGUUUAUUGCUGCAAGUUUGUCGCAGUGCAAUUUUGAUGAACGCAACGUCAAACUUGCGUUUGAUCGUUUGGAUUAUGACCGUACUGGCUUUAUUACUUUCCAGGACGUGAAGGACCUUUUUGGAAGUGGAAAUGAGAGUGAUGACAUGUUUCAGAUGUGGCAAGAGGGUAUGACCGAAUAUGCUUGCCCUCUCGGUCGAAUUACUUAUGAUGACUUUCGUAUGAUUUUGAAAGGUCGCGGCAGAGAAUUGGAGCAACCAACUUUGAUCAAGAGGACGCCGUUGCCGAAAGUCAGUGAGGGAUCUCCUCUUCCAGCUGUACCUGAGGGUUCAAUGAGUCCGCAGGUCAAGCAUGCAGUUUUUGCCAAGUUUGAGAAGAGCCCACCAAGUCUCAAGAUGCCCUCGCUUGACGGUCUUCCCGAAGCUGAGAACGACCCCCUGAAGCCAAGUGUUGACACCAAAUUUCCUCUUGAUAUAUUGCCGCCCUCUCCGACUCACAGACGAAUCAGAUCGGGGUCCUUGGGAAGUCAGCCACUGUCACUGCGGAGUUCACUAAACGAAGCAGAUCUAUCAGGCAUAGACCAUUUAGCAGAACUCACUGAAGAUGAAGAAGAUGACGAAGAUGGCGCAAGUGGUGAGAUGUCACUUGGGCCAAUUGAGCUACAUUCAUGUAGAUCCUUGGAAGACCACGUGUCCCCAAUGACGCGCUCUUGGAGUGAUUUCCCGAGCGAACGCACAAAUGGCGGCGAGACCUUCAAACAACACAACGACUUCAGAAGGUCAAUCCUCAAGGCAUCGAGAACAUUCGAAGCUAAGGUACUUGCCAGAAAACUGCAGAUGGCUGCUGCUGCUUCCAAUGCAGCCAGUCAGCCGUUGGUCGACAGUCGCGCAAGUCUUAUCAUGCGUCGUGGGACACAGGCUCAACGCCCAGAGGUAGUGCAGAUAGACAGCAGUAAUAGACAACGAAGCGAUUCUCCUGCCAGCAGCGUUGGUACAUCUGACAAACAAGCUACUGCCACUGAAGUUGCUGCUGCCUGCAAAAGGGGAGGAAGGCCGCGUCGGGAACGUCGCAAACGAACGACAUCGGAUAUUUCCGGCAUGCUGAAAUAA